AUGACCUCAAUGCUUUCAGUUUUCACACCAGUUUUUCGGGAACAUGCCCAUGCAAUGACGAAAGAAGUGGUCUUUAGGAACCAAUUGCGUUACACCUCCUGGGACAGGCAGAGGGGGCGUGUUGGACAGAUGAGGAAAUCGCAGAGAUUUCCUAACGGUCGUCCGAGAAAAACGGAGCGAAUCAUUCGGACAAAAGAGGAAAGAAGCGCGAUGGAAACGAGGGCGUUGCGCUAA